CAAAGGACUAGUCUUGUGUUUGCGCCAGCGUACAUGGAGGGACAAAGACCACAAACUCAAUUAGUCGAUAUUCAACCCCUCAGACGCUGGCUGAGCCACAGGUGUAGUCGUAAGCACGUUUCCAUGAUGUGGUUGAUAUGAGUUUCAGCUGAUAUAAAAUUGAGCGCACGCACGCACGUACGCACGCACGCGCGCACGUACGCGCGGCGAUGGAUGCAGUCGACCCGGCGAGCGGCACAGACAAGGACGAGGACUCGUCUUCCUCUUCGCAAGCUUCCUCCGCCGAGCAAGACGACGAGCGAGAGUCCGACGCAAAGGUGAACGGAGAAGAAGAAGAGGAAGAGGAAGAAGAAGACGACGACAGCGAGGCAGACGUAAAGAGCGGUCUUUCUGACGCAGACGAGGAGAGCAACGCAGACAUCGAAGAGGAAGAAGACGAGAAGAGUGACGAAGAAGAGGAGGAGGAGGAGGAGGACGGUUCGUGCGAGACCGACGCGAGUUCGGGUAGAGCGGCAGCAGCGGCGGUGGUGUACGCACACAGAGUAGGUGGCACUGACCACUGUAACUUGGCUGACACUGACAGGUCCGAUAUUGCUCCAGCAAAGGGUCUCUUCAGCAUCUUCGGUAAGCAAAAGCACCAAUCUAAACGAAAGAAACGGAACAUUGAGCGUAAUAUCCAAAAGAUCAUGAAAAUGAAAGAGUUAGCAGACCAGGAUGAAAGUAUGGAGGAUGGAGAUCCCCAUUCACAAGGUGAGUCUGGUGAAGCAUCUACUAGCAAAGGUACCGUCAAAGAAGAGAUGGAAUCUGAAAGUAGUUCCGGAGUGGAAAGCGAAGACGCUUCGGACGAAUCUCCCGGAAUGAUGCAGCUGCCGCAGGAGCUGCUGAACUUCCCGGACGUGGCGGCGGCGGCCGCUCUGCUGAUGAAGCACGAGGAUGAAGCUGAGUCGGCUGGCAACAUCCCGUCCCUGCCUCCCCAUGGCGCGCCGACGCUGCUGAAGGCGGCCACGCUCGGUGACCUGGGUCGCGCCGCCGCCGGUCCCGCCGCCGGUCCCGCCAAGUACAGCUGCCACAUCUGCGGUCACGAGCAGUCGACGCGCAAGGACUACCUGCUGCACCAGCGCGCGCACCGGCAGGAGUACACCUACCACUGCCGGCUGUGCGGCGCCGCCUGCUUCACCGCGCGCCGCCUCGAGGAGCACAUGGCGGCGGAGCACGUGGACGCGGCGGCGAUCCCUUGCCGGCUGUGCGGCGCCGAGUUCCGCUCGUACGCGGGGCUGAAGCACCACGAGAUGCUGCUGCACCGGCCCGCGGGAGCGCACACGUGCGACGCGUGCCUGAAGUCGUUCCGCACGCGCGCCGACCUGCGGAGACACGAGCGCGCGCACGACCGCCAGUUCGUGUGCGCGACGUGCGGCAAGCAGUUCGGCUUGCUGCAUCACCUGCAGGUUCACGAGGCGAUGCACCGGGACGCGUACGAGUUCGCGUGCUCGCACUGCGACUACGCGAGCAAGUACAAGAGUUCGCUGCGACGGCACGAGGAGAAGCAGCACGGAGCGUGGCGCACCGCCGAGAAACCCUGCGUGUGCAUCUUCUGCGGCAAGGAGUACAGCCUCGUGACGGCGCUCAACCGCCACCAGGAGACCUGCACGGGGCCGUCGAUGCCGAAGAAAAGCGCUGGCGGCGGAGGCACGGCGGGAGGAGCGGGAGGAGGGGGAGCGGGAGCGGGAGGAGGAGGAGGAGGAGGGGAGGAGCCGGGGGCGGUCGUCGCGGCGGACGGGACGCCGCUGAAGACGUACGCGUGCUACGUCUGCAACAAGCUGUUCAAGUCGAAGUCGGACUGCAAUCGGCACGAGCGCGCGCACCUGCGGCAGUUCACGUGCGCCGUCUGCGGCCGCGAGUUCGGCUUCAAGCACCACCUGCAGAACCACAUGGCGAUCCACUCGGACGAGAUCCGGUUCCCGUGCCCGCACUGCGAGUUCGCGUCCAACUUCAAGUCGGCGCUGCGGCGCCACGUCGAGGUGAUGCACAACAAGGCGGAGCGCGCCGAGAAGUCGCGCAUCUGCAUGUUCUGCGGCAAGGCGUUCUACCUCGAGUCGACGCUGAAACGCCACCAGAAGAACUGCCGCGGCCCGAAGGAGGAGCCGCGUCCGGAGCCGGUGCGCGAACACGGAGAGAUGGAUUUUGCAUCAUUCCUUGAUAAUAACGGAAAGUCCUGA